AAGUGUACCAGACCUGAUGAUAAAAUAACCAACAAGUGAGAUCCAGCUUGGAAAAGGCAACAUGGAAUUUGGUAAUACUACAACUGAAGCUUCGUCAGAGGCCAAAGACUUCGGCAAGGCUCUUUGCAUCAUAACAGGAGCGUCUAAAGGCUUCGGAAGAUGUCUUGCUAAAGAAAUAUCAACUCUCCUGAAACCUGGCUCGGUGCUCAUCCUGGUUGCCAGAUCUGGAGAUAAGCUGCUAGAACUGGAGGAUGAUUUGUCUACGCAGAGAAGGGACCUGGUUAUCCAUCGUGUGGUUGCAGAUCUUGGACACAAGGAUGGAGUAGAAGGUGUUAUAAGAGAAGCAAAAAAGACACCAAGCUCUGAUAUCGACACCCUUUUUCUGUUUAAUAACGCAGCUUCACUUGGUGAUGUUUCACGCUAUGCUCAAAGCUUCACCGACAUGGAAGAAGUUAACGAUUAUCUGUCGAUGAACGUGAGCUCAGCAUUGUGUUUGACUGCCAGGAUCCUGCAGUUGUUUCCAGCUGACAUGCAUUUGCGUCGCUGUGUGGUGAACGUGAGCUCUCUGUGUGCUCUGCAGCCGUUUCCCUCCUGGGUGCUUUACUGCAUGGGUAAAGCAGCACGGGAAAUGAUGUUCCGUGUGCUGGCCAAGGAAGAGUCUGAGCUCAGAGUUCUCAGCUAUGCUCCAGGCCCUCUGGACACAGAUAUGCAAAUCCACGCCCGGUCUAACACAGCAGACGAGUGUAUUAGGACGUCUAUCACAGCAAUGCACUCUGAGGGCCGCCUGCUGACCUGCGAAGAGUCUGUGGGGAAGCUGAUAAAGGUCCUGUUGAAGGAUAAUUAUGAAUCUGGAGCGCAUCUGGACUUUUACGAUUUGUAAAUUUGUUACUGGAAGAUUUCUCAGAGAUGCAGUAAUACCACAGACCGAUUCAGAAGCUGUUACAGUAUCAGCAUUUAAGUUUGCUUUAUUUAUGGAGAUGAUCUUGCCAUUACCUCAAAAUGACAUCCUUCAUCAGCCAUUAACUUUACUUUUAGUAUCAUACGAUCCAAAGGCCAUACAUUAUGUACCUUUUUUUUUUGACAGAUUUUAAUAGUAAUUUCAGUUUCCUAUACGACCCUGGUCAUGUAUGACUGAAAAAUAAUUUGAACAGUAUCUUAGCCCAAAACAGCCACAGAAUAAACAAACUUUAGAAGAACUUCCACUCCAGAGACAAUUAUCUCUUUAUUAAAAUAUCAAACAUAUCAUACUUUAUUAAAUAUGAAUUAUAUUUCUAUCUGUUGUUAUAAAUAUGCUGGGAAGCUAGCUUAUUCUCUUAUUGCUAGCAAACCUGGCUUCACAGAAUACAGUAAUUAGCCUGAAUAGUUAGUUAGCUUGCUAAUAUAAGCUGACUCGUUCUGUCGACUCACCAACUGAUUCUAACUACAGAAUAGUUUCUUUCAGAUUUAUUGUCAUGCAGUUAAAUUAUAUUUUUCUCCACAACAUUACAAACAGUAAACACAAACAUACAUUAUCUGCAUAUAGGCUAACACAGUUACUUAGCCUAAUGUUAGCUAGCUCACUACAUUCAUGUAAGAUCUCUCAGUGGCAAAAUUUUCUGCUGGUUUACUUACACAAUAUAAUACAUCAGUUAUUCAGUUAGAUUCAAAGCACCUUGUGUAAAUAUACAUGAUGUAAUAGUUACUGUUAGGUUUGGUCAUUUGUUGGUCAACUUAGUUAGCUAACCAAGUAAAAAGCAACUGGAUAGUCCCACUGCAAAAUUGUGGUAUCAUUGCAUCUCUAACCAGACUUAAACUGGCAUUAGCAUUCCUAAUUCUGUCGAUAUAAUUCAUCUAAUCUGUAGCUGAUGUAAGAGUCUUCUGUAAUUUAGUGUUGUAUUAGUCUGAUUUUGUGGCUUGCAAUGUCCUGAAAUGAAAUAAAGGUGCCUUCAUUUA